CGGCGGGGCGGCGGCGGGAGGAGCCGUCGGAGCCGCCGCUGCCGAUCCGCGCCGGCCGCGGGCAGAGCCGAGUCAGGACCGCGGACAGCGCCCCCCCCCCCGCGCCGCCCCGCGCCCACCAUGACGGCGGAGACGCACCUGCAGGGCGUGGAGAUCUCGGCCGCCCAGUUCUUCGAGAUCUGGCACCACUACGACUCCGACGGCAAUGGGUUCAUGGACGGGAAGGAGCUACAAAACUUCAUCCAGGAGCUGCAGCAGGCACGGAAGAAGGCAGGCUUGGAUUUAACACCUGAAAUGAAAGCUUUUGUGGACCAAUAUGGGAAGUCUACUGAUGGAAAAAUAGGUAUAGUUGAGCUUGCUCAGGUAUUGCCAACGGAAGAGAAUUUCCUGUUGUUCUUCAGAUGCCAGCAGCUAAAGUCAAGUGAAGAUUUCAUGCAGACAUGGAGGAAAUAUGACAGCGACCACAGUGGCUUCAUUGAUUCUGAGGAACUUAAGAGCUUCUUGAAAGAUUUGUUACAGAAAGCAAAUAAGCAGAUUGAAGACUCAAAGCUAUCGGAAUACACAGAAAUAAUGCUCAGGAUGUUUGAUGCAAACAAUGAUGGAAAGUUGGAGCUUACUGAACUGGCCAGACUACUGCCUGUACAGGAAAAUUUUCUUAUUAAAUUUCAGGGUGUCAAAAUGUGUGCAAAAGAAUUCAAUAAUGCCUUUGAGAUGUAUGAUCAAGAUGGCAAUGGCUAUAUAGAUGAAAAUGAACUUGAUGCCCUACUGAAGGAUCUCUGUGAAAAGAACAAAAAGGAAUUAGACAUUACCAACCUUGCAACAUACAAGAAAAGCAUCAUGGCCUUGUCUGAUGGAGGAAAGCUUUACCGAGCAGAAUUGGCUCUUAUUCUCUGUGCUGAGGAAAACUAGAGCUCUUCUAUCAUGUCCACUUAACUAGUGAUGUACUCUACACAAUAACUGUGCACUAUAAGGGAGUAGGCUGUAUUUUUAAACUGCAUAUAGAAAAUUAGCCAGGAUGUGUGGCACAUUCCUUUCAGUUUGUUUCUAUACUGUUUGUAAUGUACAGUUUUUGUAACAAUAAGAUUGAUAAAGAGAAUGUCAGUGUUUGGGCCAGUCUGUAUAUUCAAAAAGAAACUAAAUAUGUCAGGGUUGGUUUUGGUUGGGUUUUUUGCUCUCAUAAACACAGUUGGAGAAAAAUUAAACCUGCUGACAUUGCUGUGGUCAUCAUAUCCUUUGACACUUGCAACAUUUCUUGUUAAACUACAUAACAAAAAGAUCUACACAUAUCUUUCCCGUAACAAAUAAAUGUGGGGUUUUUAAAUAUAAAACAUGAAUAAAUAUGAUCUAGGUCUGAAGUAGGAAAGAGACGUUGGCAUGUCUGAUUUCAAAAAUUUAAUAAGGCAGUAAGAAAUAUUUCCAGUUGUUAAACCACCCACUUACAGGUCUGUACUCCCUGCAGUCUUACAAUUACUCUUCUCAUUACAAAUUCAUAGUAUAGACAAAGCAUUUAUCUGGAAUAGAUCUCCAUGCAGUAGUUGAUAAAAAUAUAGUGUUCUCAAUCUAGCUGUUUUACUGAAUUUAAACAUAGGCACUUCAGAAAUAAAUGCCUUUAAUCUGUCUUGAAAUCCUGGCUAAAUGACAGGUAGUAUAGUUAAUACACAGAUUAACAUAUGAUAUUAUAAGUGUACCUUUCAUGACUAUUGCUGUGUCAGAGAAUAUGACAAUCCAUUUUCUAAACUAUUUUCACAUUUUGCAGGUUAUAAUUAUUCUAGUAAAUUGCUGUUUUUACAUCAUAUUCUGUGUAAUCAAUAAUUAAAUUUAAUAUCCUAAGAUUAUUGGUGUCUAGUUUGUGUAUCUCCUGGAUUCUUGUAUCUGUACCAUGUAAAGAACAAACUGACUCUUUUAAAAAAUGUGCCUCCUUGGAUCUUACACUAAAUUACUAGUCUAUCUCACUAACAUUAAAAUUUGACAUUAAAUGAAGUAAAAAAUACUACAGAUUUUAUAAAAAUUUAGUAAUUUAGUUUACAUGGUGGGCUCUGCUUUUUAUUAUAUUAGAGAUGUAUUUUUUAAAUGGGAACUAUACUAUGAAGCAGCCCUAUCUUCUGGCAUCCUUGGGUUUUUUGGCCUGGCUCCCUUUUUACUUUGCACCAAUUUUAUGCUAGACAACUUCAUGAAUGUCCAGGCCACUGCUCCCAGUAAGUACUGGAGAAGGAAGGAAAUUGGGCUGUGUCUUAAAGCCAAUAAACCUAUGCUGCCUCCAUGUGCAACUGUUUCAGAAGCAAUUCCAGGUUAGCAGAUUAGCUAUAUACAACUUCUCAGAUGCAUUUCUGUGUCUUAUUUAACAAAUGGAAACAAAUGCAUUUUAUUUGAAAUGUGUCUCAAACAAUGAGGCUCAGUCCUUCAAGAUUACAGUCAAUGAACUCCCACUGAAAUUAAUCCUUGAAUUCCUUAUGUGUACUCAAGCAAAUAAAUACCAUUUCAGAAAUGGCCUAAUGGCCUUGGGCUCUUUCCAGGCUGAGCCUCAGAAAGUUAAGGGAUAGGUACGUGGUGCUGGAUGGGGUCUUGCUGGGAAAAAUACCACACACAUAACAAAACUAAAAUAAGGUUAAGACAGCUCAUUCUCACUGUUUUACUUCCACUCCAUGCACAGUGAUUUAAUGUUUUACCUGCUUGUCUCCUCUUUUCUCUAUGCAAUGUGAAAUACAAUUGUGUAUAUUAAGUGAAGGAACAGUGAAUCUGCCUAUCAAUACAAUAAAUGAUUGAUAUUGUUCAUACUGUCCAUGUGAAACCCUGGAUUUUUGCCUUAUUUUAACAUUUUAAAAGCAUAAAGAAAAAACCCCCAAACCUUGUGUGUAAAAAUAUGUUUGCUACAUCAUUAGUGAGAGAUAAAGCUUUUAAAGUGUUUUGACAGAGUCACUGCAGAAACUGAAAUCUGUCUUCCUGAACAUGAGUAAAGGUAACUGUCACAGAUCUGUUCUGAAGCCACCCUCGUGCUACUGCUGCUUCCCACCAACUGGCUCUGCUGCAGAGCACAACACAGCAAGCAGCUCUCAGUUACCCACAGGCAAGAUGUUUCCUCAGUUAUUUCUCUUAAAUAAAAUCUGGAUUAAAAGAAAGCAAUUUAAAAUCCCAGUUCUGGCAAAGGUGCCUACUGUCAGUGCAAAGCAAAUUGUGACUAGUAGGGCUAAGUCAAAAUUGCUGUAAAACCUCCAGGUUUUAAACUCUAAAUCACUCCUGGGCAGACAUUUUUAAAUGUCAGGGCUGGGGCAGAACAAGGCAUAAUAAUAAGAGAGAUGAUGAUAGGGAAGACUUCUUCUUUCUUCCGGUAGACAUCUAGUGACCAAAGAAAAGCAAAACUGUACCAUGCAAAAAGAUUAACUACAUGAUGUAGAGCAGGCAUGCCAUAUUCCUGCUAAACAGAAAUUGAGGCAAAGAUACUUGGGAUCCCCUCUACUGAAGCUUUUAAUAAUUUUGCUGCCUAUAAAUACAUUAUUUAUUAAACACCCAAAUAAGCAAGCUAACAAAUACCAAAACUCACCAUCCUACAAAUCACAAGUAUGCUGUAAAAUAUUUUAGCCCAUUCUAGUUUAAAUGUGUACAUAUUAAAACUUAAUAUUGCACCAGGUAUUCAAAUCAUAGGUGGUGAUAUUCUAGAAAUUUUAAAGCACAAACCAGCAAACUGAAAGAAUAAAAACAAUAGUAUGAGUAUGAGGCCCUCCAUAAACCCUUGGCAUUAUAAAUGCAGUGUUUGCUGACAGAAAUAAACCUUAACAGUACCAGGUCAGGCAGAGUGAGUGCCUGCUUCCACCUGGGCCCACACCACUGUCCAUCAAGGCACCUUAGGGGCCAUUAACACUGCCCAGCUAACCAUUAUGGAGAAUAUCAUGUGAAUUUCCACCAACAACUUAAUCAAGAUUGAAACAAAUACUUUGGCUUCUUUUGUUCACUGCUGCACUGUUCUAUCAACAAUAGCUUAUGCACAGUAUCAUAAUAAAAAUAAUCUAAUCCUCCCUGUUUAGAAUUUAGUUAUCCACCUUAGAAAAGAUUCCCCACAAGAGCUGAUGGAAUUUCUAAACACCAUAUUCCAUGGGCAAAUGUCAAAUACAGACUAGGGUGCUGACAGUCAUCAGCACUUUUAUGCAAAAUGAACCAUGUCAAUGAAUAAAAUACAUAUGCACUGCUGCUGAACUCCCCUUAAACCUUGGUUAAGGCUUUGGUUUUUUACAUAGGGUUUGCUUUUUCUGAUUUUUACUAAGCCUUCAUCAUAAUCAUGAUUAUAGCCACUGGUUAUGGAGGGCAACUGAAAUCCACCUCUACUUGCUGUGUCUUUGAAAAGAUACAGAAUGCAUACUUGAGCACCUGGAUAUACAUGGCCUGAUUUUCUGAAGUGUUGUGCACCUCCUAUUCCCUCUGAAAUCAACUGAAGUUGUUCUACAGCAACUAAAAAGCAGGUCAGUGCACUCAAAUCCCAAGGACUAUUUUAUUGCAUAUUAAAUGAUCACAUAAAAGACUGUGGGGUUACCUUUGUUCAAGUGGCAUUACUUAUUUAGCAGUUACAACACAAGAUGCUCCAUGGAGUUAGACAAUGAUACAAACUUUCUUGCAAUUCAGUAUCUUUAGUUACAUGUUAUCACUAUGGGAAAAAAGAAAACUUAAAUGAGUAGGCUCACACGCCCAGGAACGUGGAAGCCCGUAGAGACAGCUAGGAACUCUCAGUUCCCUCAAAGAGUAUCAUCCUCUGUUUGUAAAGCAAAUCCUCAACUUGGGAAAUACAAGCAAUAUUCUCAAUGGUAAUUAAAAUAUUGAAGAGGAGAGAUUCUCAAAACUAGGAGAACUAAAGACUGACAGCAGUUCUGGUGAAGAGGUAUUUCAAUAGAUUUCUCUCAUUUGCAAUCUUAAAUAAUUUUCAUAACUUGUUGAUAAGCCCCUACUAUAGCACAAUACCACUUUUUCAGCACUAAAUUAUUCUAAAAAAUUGUAACAGGUUCAAAGACAGUAAAUCACCAGCAGGAAAAAAAAGGUAAUUUCAAUAUUUAAUUAAGAAGACAAGAUACACUUUUCAGUUGAAAACAGAAAAUUAAUUCCCUUUGUGGGUGUCUCCAAGUUGAGUUCAUGGAAGUGGUAACACCUUUCACUGAUGGAUCAUGCAAAAGUAAUUUUUAAAAAGGCAUUUGGAUUUUAGGGAAGUAUACUUGUGAUUCAUGAAAAUUAAACUGCCUCUAAACUACAACCCUACUGACUCCUGUUGCAAUCUCCAGUGUACACCAUCACCUUUUCUGACCCAUUCCUUCAUCUUCCUGUCCCUCCAACUUCAUAAAAUGAUUAUAUCACAAAGCAAUACUUGUUUUCAUCCUUCUCUUUACAUCGUGGCUCCUGGCAAUCUCAGAUGGGGUGAGGAAUGUAAUAACCUCAGGGCAGAUAUGCCAGCCUAAGACAGCAUGGACACUAUUUCUCCUGCCAGUUUAGCAAUGUUUGGAAUAAAGUAGCUGUGAUGACUGUGCUUUGUGUCAGUCUGUGAGUCUUGGACAGCUCUUGGGUUUUAGAAAUAUUUUAUGCCUUUUUCAGGACAGUCUAAUCCUCAUCAGCAUUUAGGAAGAGCUGCUUUUGGAGUUUCCAAAUCAGACACUGGGUUAGGUAGUAGCUAUAAAGCUUCUUUCUCUUAUUCUUUUUCUGAGUUCAGAUGUGUUGAUACUUCAGUAAGAAUUACAUGGUAUUUAUGCAAAACAUAAACUUGAGAUGUUUAGGAUUCAUGUCUUCCUUUCCUGUCCCAACAAAGUCUAACUGUUACUGGAGGAAAUGUGUCCCAGUCAGACACAUUCUCCUGCAGCAGUAGAUAAUAAGAUCAGGGUUUUUUUUCACUUAACAAAGUCUAUAUAUUAGCAAAUAUUUUGUAAGUAACAUAACCCUUAAAACAUUAUAUGCCAUUUCUAAAACCUGCAUCAACAUAUUGUAUACAGCUUGCCAAGACAAAAUGCUCAGCAUCUAAAAGCAACUAACUUGUGUAGUUUGAAGUUAAUAUCAUUGGCAUAAGCAAGAUAAAAGAAACCCUUUCUUAUUAUAGAUGCUCAUUAAAAUUUCAAAUGUGAUUUCUGGUUCCAUAGCUUUAAAAAUGGUUUUUUUACAAUUAAUAAUUCAUUUAGCUAUGAACAGUUAACAGGUAAAAGACUAUACUUCAGAAGCAGUACCCAUUUCUGCAAAUGACAAACAUUCUGUUAGCAAAUAAAUCAUCCCCAGUGUCUCUUUACAGGACAGGCUUUAAGAGGCCUCCCUGCAAUAUUUUGUCCAUAUCAGAUGAAGCAAACUCUGCUAUCCUAUGUUACUGUAUGUUACUGUGGACUAUGCUAUUAUAUUCCUAUACAUGAAAGGCAGAAGUGCUUCCUAGCCUCUGAAGCCAAGCAUAAACUGAAUCCCAACUUCAUGUUAAGGCUUGGAAUAUGCCUCCUUUCUUGUCCCUUCCCACCCAUACCCCACACAGGACCUGUUCUGUGAGCUAAAAGGAACUUGCCAGUCUUCUUGCUUCAAAUGACCAGCUCUGGGGGAAUACUGCAAAGUACACCUGUCCUGCUAUUCACAGGCUAUAGAAAUGUCUUCAGGUCACAUCAAGUCUAUGGCAAUUUCACAUAUUGAGCAAUCUC